UCCUGUCUCAGAGGUUUAAAGGGUGCAAACACUUUUUCCUCUCAGUUAAGCAAAAGCAGCAGCUCAAACAGCUUCUUUGGAGAACACUGAGGAACUCAUCAGCUCAUUCAAAAGAAGAGACUCCUGGUAGUGACAUGGCAGACCCUCAGGACAACACUCUGAGGAUUAUUCUGGUGGGGAAAACUGGAAGUGGGAAGAGCGCGACGGCCAACACCAUCCUGGGGAGUAGAGUCUUUGAGUCUAGAGUUGCUCCCAAUUCUGUCACCUCCAGGUGUCAAAAAGCAUCCAAGGAAUGGAAGGGGAGGAAACUUGUUGUUGUUGACACCCCAGGGCUCUUUGACACCAAGGAGACCCUGUAUACCACACGCGGGGAAAUCAGCCAGUGUGUCCUCUACUCCUGUCCUGGGCCUCACGCCAUCAUCUUGGUCCUCCCAGUGGGCCGCUACACGGAGGAAGAGCAGAAGACCGUGGCAUUGAUCAAGACUGUCUUUGGGAAGCCAGCCUUGAAGCACAUGAUCGUGUUGCUAACUGGCAAAGAUCGCUUAGAGGAGAAGAGCCUGAGUGACUUCUUGGCAGAUUCAGAUGUGAAGCUAAGAAACAUCAUCAGCGAGUGUGGGAACCGCUACUGUGCCUUCAACAACAGAGCCUCAGAGGCGGAGAAGGAAGCUCAGGUGCAGGAGCUGGUGGAGCUGAUAGAGGAGAUGGUGAAGAGCAACAGAGGUGCUUACUUUACCGAUGCCAUUUAUGAGGACACAGAGAAGAGGCUGAAGCAACGGGAAGAAGACCUGAAGAAGAUCUACACCGAUCAAUUAAAUAAUGAAAUUAAACUAGUAGAAAAGGAAUAUGCUGAUAAAUCACAGGAAGAACGGGAGGAAAAAAUAAAAUUGCUAAAGAUGAAGUAUGCUGAACAAAUAAAAAAUAUCAGGGAAGAAGCUGAGAAGGGAUUAUGUAGAGAUGGUUCAAAUGGGAUUAUGAGCGUGCUUUUAAAAAUAUGGCAGAUGUUGUGGGAGCAGCAGGUGGCAGUUAAGAGAAAUUGUGUCAUGGAUACACCAGGCAUUUUUGACACCGAGGCACAGGAUGCUGACACCUGCAAAGAGUUUACUCGCUACAUCUUCCUGACCUCCCCAGGACCUCACACCCUGCCCAUGAUGGGACAGCUGGUCCCGUACAUGCAGGAAGAGCACAAGGCCAUGGAGAAGUUCCAGCUACAAGUGCCAAACCGAGACGUUCAUACUCUCCAUGAAGUCUCUGGGAAAGCUGCCAUUAUCCUGCAAGAGGCAGCUCUUCUUGCUGCCGUGGAGCCAGAAGACAAUUUCAUUGAAGACAUAGUUCCUUCACUAGGUCCACUCAAUCUGAGCUUCCUGCCUCAGAGGUUUAAAAGGUGCAAACACUUUUUCCUCUCAGUUAAACAAAAGCACCAGCUCAAACAGCUUCUUUGGAGAACACUGGGGAACUCAUCAGCUCAUUGGAAAGAAGAGGCUUCUGGUAGUGACAUGGCGUACCCUCAGGACAACACUCUGAGGAUUGUACUAGUGGGGAAAACUGGAAGUGGGAAGAGCGCAACAGCCAACACCAUCCUGGGGAGUAGAGUCUUUGAGUCUAGAGUUGCUCCCCAUGCUGUCACCUCCAGCUGUCAAAGAGCAUCCCAGGAAUGGAAGGGGAGGAAACUUGUUGUUGUUGACACCCCAGGGCUCUUUGACACCAAGGAGACCCUGGAUACUACAUGCAGGGAAAUCAGCCAGUGUGUCCUCUACUCCUGCCCUGGGCCUCAUGCCAUCGUCUUGGUCCUCCAGCUGGGCCGCUACACGGAUGAAGAGCAGAAGACUGUGGCAUUGAUCAAGGCUCUCUUUGGGAAGCCAGCCUUGAAGCACAUGAUCAUAUUGUUCACUCACAAAGAUAACUUGGAGGAGCAGAGCCUGAGUGAUUUCUUAGCAGAUGCAGAUGUGAAACUAAGAAACAUCAUCAACGAGUGUGGUAACCGCUACUGUGCCUUCAACAACAGAGCCUCAGAGGCUGAGAAGGAAGCUCAAGUGCAGGAGCUGGUGGAGCUGAUAGAGGAGAUGGUGCAGAGCAAUGGAGGGGCUUACUUUACUGAUGCCAUUUACAAGGACACAGAAAAGAGGCUGAAGCAACAGGCAAAAGUCCUGAGGAAGAUCUACACUGAUCAAUUAAAUAAUGAAAUUAAACUAGUAGAAAAGGAAUAUGCUGAUAAAUUACAGGAAGAACGGGAGGAAAAAAUAAAAUCUCUAAAGAGGAAGUAUGCUGAACAAACAAAAAAUAUCAGGGAAGAAGCUGAGAAGGGCAUAUUUGAACGUGUUUUAAAUGUGAUUAUGUGGGUGCUUCCAAAAAUAUGGUAUAUGUUUUGGUAGUAAAGUCCAUUUCAUUUUUUCUUCUGAAUUUAUGAUGAUUUGUGAUAGUGGUAGAUUGUAGUUUCCAUAGACAACUGUGACAAUAGCUUCUACUUAUUCUUCCUAUAACCUGACCCUGUUACUCCUGCCACUGACUUGCGGGGCCUGUGUCCUCUACCUUGGAACUGAGCAGAUCUGGGACCGUUUCAAUUAAUAGCAGAUGGUUGAAGCAACACCUUGUGACUCUAAGGUUACAUAUGGGCAAUGCUUCCUUGCCCUGUUGGAGUUCUUGCCCUUGGAACUUGACUGUCAUGUUGUGAGAAAGCCUAGGCUGCCUCUUGAGAGGCCCCCAUGCAGAGGGCCUGAAGUCACUGGCCCACUUCCCAGAUCACCUUUCAUUUGUGACUCAGACCAACUUGCCCGCCAUGCAAGUGAGGCAACACAGAAGCGGGCCCUCCGGCUGCCCCGCCAUCUCAGGCGAAGUUGCAGAAAGCAAAGAUGAGCCAUUCCCACUGAGUCCUGCCCAUAUUGCAGCUUUAUGAGAACAAAUAAAUGAUGGUUUUUGUUUUUAA